CGCGUAAAAGACGACACCCGCUCGGUCCGCCGCCGGGAGACCAACACAACGGACGCCGCCGCUACAGGUUUGGGGGCGGAGUCAAACAGCUGGAUACUCCGGAGUGUCUCGUGGCCGCGAAGCGUCGAGACCUCCCCUCCAACCCCAAGCGAAAAACGGCUAACGGGAUCUCAGUUGUUCGGGAAAGACAAGACAGGAUUUGACACCAAAGUAAGACUCCUUCGUGGUUCGUGUCCCGCGUGGAAUAGUUGCUGGUUCCCAGAGGGGUUGAGGGGUCAGCGGACUCAAAGUUACCAAUAAAAAGCAGCAGGAGCUUGCUCGCCAACACGGAGGCUUAAGGUGACGAACGUCGCUCACAGAUUUUCUUUUGAUGUUCGUCGUUGUUGCUAGCUUGAACCGUGAAGCUGAAAGGACACAUCAGUCCUUGUCAGUGUCCCCUCUACUUAUCCCACCUUCAAGAAAAUUAAUCAGUUGGUGGCAAUGCAGAUGUCCGUCACACUCAGUUAAAUGUUAAUACUACUCGAGCAGAUAUUGCUCGGCUGGCCAAAGAGGAAGAAGAAGAAAGGGGCUGCUCAAGGUGUUGGAAGAUGUCUCUCUGGAUGAUACUGCCUAUCAGCCUCCCAGUUUUGACCAUCACUGGGAUAUGGGUUGUGGCACCUUGUUUCUAAGAGCAGUCAAGGCUCUUUUUCCAGACGACUGGAAUGUCAAAGGAUGUGACAUGUUGCGUAACUCCCUCUUUCACUGCGGGUAUGCCAUGGCCCUGUACAAUCAACAUGUCUGCCCUGUGGAUAACUGGUUAUACAACCAGUCAUGUGAAGAGGAUCUGUAUUUGCAGAGUGGGCCAACCUUGUGCUGCACGCUAGACAAUGUACCUCUCAUCAGUAAAUGUGGGACUCUUCCCCCUGAGAGCUGCUUCUUCAGCCUCAUCUGCAGCACAGGCUCCUUCAUGGUUGCGGCGAUUGUGCUGCUCCGCUAUGCCCAUGUCAUUGAAAAGCACCAGAAUUGUAUUCUCAACACGGCGAGUCUCUUCACAGGCUGGAUCUGUGCCGCUGGACUCAUCAUGGUGGGAAACUUUCAGGUGGAUAAUGCCAAAGUUCUCCACUAUGUUGGAGCAGGCAUGGCCUUCCCCACCAGUAUGCUGUUUGUGUGCCUGCAGUCGGCACUGACUUACCGACUCGCCAAGACCCAGGGGGAGUACAACGUGGCCCACCUCCGGCUCUGCAUGACCCUGCUGGCCUUUGGCACCUUGGUCCUCAGCGGUGUGUUUUUCUGCCAGGAGAGCUUCGUCCUUCAACAUGCCUCCGCCAUCUUCGAAUGGUUGUUCUGCAUCAUCGUCAUGCUGUUUUAUGGGACAUUUGCCUUUGAGUUUGCCGGCAUGUCAUCGGAUACCAUGGUAAUGCUGGCGAGAGGGACCCUAGGUCCUGCUGGGAAAGAGCACAAGGUGGACUCACUGGGAGGGCCCAUUUUACACUUGCAUCCACACCAACCUGAAAACAUGUCCAUACUCUAGACUUGCUGCUCCUCUUAGCUACACAGUUGGCUUCUUUAAUCCUUUCCAACUCUGGUUGUCGGAAGAGUUUUUAAUUUCCAGCCACAUUCGUCUGAAGCUUUGAAAAGGAGCAGGCCGGUGCAGUCAGGGCGGAGAGGACUGUCCUACUUCAACCCCAGGGGGGUGGACCUGCUGCCACAGUGGAGAGUUUUGUGUGUCUUACGCUCACAUCAGAGCUCAGUGUCUCUAAAGAACUUUGUUUGUAUUUUGCACAUUGCACAAGUGUGAAAGCAACAUUUCUCCCAACUCAGUCCUGUGAUCAGCAGAGGAGUACUUUGUCAAUCAGAUCAACAUGUACUGCUCCCCCUGAGAGCCGGUACCGCCUCCCAAUAAGUGGCCUUGGACUAUUUCCCCUCGAGGCGACCGUUAUGAUUCUUUCAAUGUAUGUAAAGGAGUCACGGCUGCUGGGCGGCUACGCUGAAAGUAUUCAGACAGAGAGCAAAAUGGUGAUGAGUGCUACAGGAGGAGCAAGGUCAUGAUUGUUUUACCACCAAAACAUGCUAGAAAUCGGUAAAUAUACAGAAACGAUAUCAUUGGAAGGGGAUAUCAAUGUUUUCGUCAAUCCUGGAGAUGGAACAGGGCAGCGCUCUGCAAUCGGCAUUUAUUAAAACCGGUAUUAACAAUAUUUUUUCGAUAAACGAAUAAGUAAUGUCACAGAAUUCUUCAUAGUACUGAAUCCUUGAGAAUGAUCACUCUCCUCUACAAAGAUUGUAGCUGCUUUUAGUGGUUUUGUAUAUUCAGCUUGCAUAUUCAGUGAAGCGGACUCCGCUACUUUGGAGCCAGAGUUCGGAGUGGGCUGUGAAGAUGUCGGCAGGGACAGAAGCUUCUGAGCAGUCGGUUCAACAAGAGGAAGUGGAAAGUGCACGGUUUGCAGGUGGCCUUUAGGAUAAUGAUGUUGCUCUGUCUGCUGCAUGUGCAAGUAUACAUAUACGUUAGCCAUAGCAAUUUAUAUCACUUCGGCUUUGGUCAAAAGUUGAUAAAUUACGCUUUAAAAAAUAAUCAUAUCAUUAUAACCAUAUCAAUAUUUGAACUGAUUUGACCAAACCAUAGACCUGGUACCUCAUUAGGUCUAAACCUUUAUGACACAAUGUAUGUUCUCCUCGCCGCGAGGAUGAGGCACUAGAGCGACCUUGAACCUCACAACAAUUCAACCUUCUCUCUGUCGAGUUCCACCGAAGGAUAUGAAGGAGAGCCGUUGCCGUGUCCAGAGGCUAAAUGCGUCCCAGCUAAUUGAAGCCAGAGCACCAGGCUUUAUUGAGUUUAGUGAGGAGGCAUCAUACGUGUCUCCAGGUCCACGGCCGCAGGUCUGCAUCUCAUUACGAGCAGAACACGCUGGCACCGCUCCACCUUCUCACGCGUUCCUUCAACCUGCCAUAGUUGGUGUCUCUGAUGUCGAACUGAUGUAGCGGGGCAAAGGGAAAAGGAAGGAUUUGUGAUUCAAGACAUCGCUGAGUUGCACCGACGUGUUCCUGGACAGCAGGUUACACCAAAUGUAAUUAUGAGGAUGAAUGAAGGCAAUAAGAUGGAGACGUAGGAUUAAUCAUUUGGCUGUUCUCGUGGCGGUUCCAUGCCUGUGUGAGUGGAAUACCAAAGUGGACAUUUGUCCCAACCUUUUUGUUUACAUUGAGAAAAAAUGUCUCCCUGCUAAGAUCGACACUGACUUGAUAUUUUGCUCUCCAUCAGUGUGGUAAUUAUUUUUCGCCUCGUCUUUUUUCUCCUGCGUGCUUUUGUUGACUUUCCCUUAACAUUCUGCGCGGUGUUGUUUGACAGAUUUGUGCCAGAAUUACUGUAUCUAUUUUUUGGAAAUGUUCAACAUCUCUGUGUAAUAUUAACACACUCUGAGCUCUAAGGGGGGGGCAGAGGCUUUACAACAGCAAUGGUUUCAGUACUUUCAUACAGUGGAGAUAUCACUUCCUCAUACCACAAGCGGCCACAUGUUGGCCAGAGUUUUACAAUCUGCCACAGGAGGCUGAAGCGGGAUCGCUCGUGCACGCCGCUCUGUGGAAUGAGCUGGAAACGGUUCUGAUCAAUUGCUUCUCCCUACUGGUCAAAUCGCGGAUUGCAUUUAAGCUGUAAUGUUGUUGCCCAGGUCACAGGAGGACAUGUGUGUAUCCACGGUAUUCACCUUGAGGCCAAAUAUGCUGUAGUUGUACAUCUGAAGUUAUAAAGAAGGUUGAGCAAAGUGUGGAGAUCUCUUGACCUCUUGACCUCUUGAUCUGCCUGUGCGUCCGAAUUUAAUUCAGCUGGGAUCUUCAGUUUUCUCCCUGGCAUCCCUCUCAAGUGGAACUUGGCCAUGUGACCAUCCACGACUUCUACAUGAUGCAUUCUUCUCACCAAUCAGAGCAACGGUUUGAUGCAUUUGAAGUGUUAAGCUACAUGAUGUUGCUGCUCUCUAACUCUCUGUUUACUGAAGGGUCCAGCAUGUAAAGAACUAAUGUGUAAUGCUCCUGUUUCCAGUUCUGCAUUACAUUUCAUUUUUACAUUCCAAAAAAUAUAUUUUUAAACAUUUUGUAAUUGUCAGAUUCACAUUUUGCGAUGUCCGUUGGAAGUCCUUCUCAUCAUUUCAUAUCAACUUCUCUACUUUGGUUCCUUUUGUUCACAUUUACUGAUCUGUCUGACCUUUGCACUCAGGAAAAUGUUACAACACCGGCUGCAUUGUUUGAUUCAAAGCAGAAUUAACUCGGCCUUCUGCUGUCUUUGUUUCAAUGGCAUUUGUUUUGUUCACGACGGUUUGUUACGUUAAUACGUUUUGCUUAAUGUAGGUGGUUAGCCAUGAUAUAAUAGAUUAUUUUUGUGAAUCAAGACUAUAAAGCUUAAAAAUAAACAUUCCUGUAUAGUUAGCUUGUCAGAAUGCUUAUGCUGCUCACGCCAACAUGGUUUAAUAUCUGCAAAAAUCUCACUUAUGCAAUCAGUAAAUGAUUGGUGAAAGCAUUCCGACAAACUAGCAGCUGUUACUCAAUACUUCUGUUGAAAUGCAAAAAUGUCCUUUGUGCCUUAUAUAUUAUUUUGAUAAUGAAAACAAAAACCAAAGAGGUUUAGGUUGUAAAUUCUAUUUUGAUGAAAGUGUGUGUGUGUGCGCGUGUGUGCGUGUGUGUGUAUGUGUGUGAUAUAUAAAUGCCUUAAUGUUCAAUAAAUAAAAACUGUUCAAAUAAUAAUUAG